GUAUCGGGAAUGGAUUAUUUAUUUAUGGUUCCAAAUUCAAAUUUUUGUUUUUUUUGUUGUUGUUAGAUUGGCACAACUGUUUUCCAUUUUGGCGCGGAGUUUGAGUUGCAUCUAUUGUUUACAUUAAAUACAGUGCUAUUUUUAGUUAUAUCAUAUCUAGUGUGUAUUGCUAAUUUCAUAAUGGAUAAAAACAUCGAACAAAGAGUUUGUCUUAAAUUUUGCAUUGCCAAUGGAAUAUCGUGUUCGGAGUCACUGAAAAUGUUACAGAAGGCUUACGGUGAAUCGACUUUAUCAAAAACUCGUGCUUAUGAGUGGUACAAAGCGUUCAAAAGCGGUCGAGAUGUGAUGGAAGAUUUGCCUCGCUCUGGUAGGCCAUCAACGUCUGCAACUGAAGUUAACAUCGCAAAAGUGAAGGAAAUAGUGACUGAAAAUCCUCAUUCAACUUUGAGAGAGAUAGCCACCGAACUUUCUGUAUCUCACGAGUCGAUCCGUACCAUUUUAACUAAUAAUUUGGGUAUGAAACAUGUUGCCGCUCGGCUAGUCCCAAAAGACCUGAAUUUUUUUCAAAAACUCAAUCGCAUGAGAGUCGCUGAGGACAUGCUAGAACGAGUCAAUUCCGACCCAACAUUCAUGAAACGCAUUGUUACUGGUGACGAGACGUGGGUUUACGAGUUUGACAUGCAAACUAGUCAACAAGCUUCGGAGUGGCGCCUUCCAACUGAACCGAAACCGAAAAAACCACGCCAAAGUCGUUCAAAAGUCAAAGUCAUGUUGACUGUUUUCUUUGACUAUCGCGGUGUUGUGCACUCGGAAUUCUUGCCGGAAGGUCAAACGAACUAUGUCGGCCGCCUGGAGGCUGUGGGUGGCAAUCAGAUCUUGCACCAGUUCAACCGCGGAGUUCCCCUGACGUACAAGGUGCAUUUCCCCGUGACGUCACCACUCCCGAGGCUAACUUCAUUGGUCGUCAAUGACAAUUUGUUGUGCUAUGGACCUGCAGAAGUCCCAGGCCCCAAUCAGUAUGUCAGUACAAUUAGCUUGCAGCAUAUGCUUUUCCUACGACAAACUGGCUCUGUCAACGGCAUCUUCGAGCAGUUCCCUCAGGAGAACCCCAAACCUAGCCCCGUGUAUGAAUUCGUCGGUACCGGAGGAGAGAAUACCCAGAUCUUCACGUUCGAGACUGAUAAUAGAGAGGGCACUUGGACUAGCAAUUACUAUCCAACAUUCAUUGUGAACAAAACCAGACCACAAUUCGAAGUGCCGACCCGCCCUCCAAUAGUGACUCCACCGCAGCCUCCGGAGCCUUUCAACGAGCCCCAAGAACCUUUCAAUCAACCUCAACGACCCUUCAACCCACCUCAACAACCGUUCAACCCACCUCAACAACCGUUCAACCCACCUCAACAACCGUUCAACCCACCACAACAACCUUUCAACCCACCACAACAACCUUUCAACCCAACUCCGGCUGCGCCUACUAGACCAACUCAACCACAGACUGACUAUAAUGUAUUUUAUCCAGAAAAUACGCAGGCAACCAGGCCUCAGACUCAACCGGCUCCAGCUCCUACGUUCCCGUCGGUACCACCUCGUCUGCCAUCAGCAAUAGAUUCAAUUCCGACGCAGGUGGAAUGCGGUGUGGUGGCUGGAGGAAACGAGCGGCUGCCACUAAUCUACAAUGGGCAAAGCUACUCGCGCGGCGAUUGGCCGUGGUUGGUCGCGUUGUACAAGAGGAAGGACGGGAGCCUGACUUUUAUCUGCUCGGGGACUUUGAUUUCUGAUAGACAUGUUGUUUCAGCGGCCCACUGCAUGCGACAGAAGAACGCGCACACCCACAUCAAAGAUAUAGUGGUCAAAGUGGGGGUGUACAACCUCGAGGAUUGGGGGGACGAUAUCACUGUCACCAGGACCUUGGAGUCAGCGCAUAUACACGAGUCCUACAACGCUUCCACUCUUGCAAAUGACAUUCUCGUCUUCACAUUCGAGAGGACGGUUCAGUUUAGUACGAACAUCAGACCGGCGUGUUUGUGGAGCGGUAACGCUGAUCUUAGUAGGAUCGUGGGAGCUUCAGGAGUUGUUGCGGGCUGGGGCUCCAAUGAACUAGGUCCGGGCGGGCACGGCGAGCCGCGGAUGGUGCGCAUCCCCGUGGUGAGCACUGCCACCUGCCGCGCCAGCAAACCUGACUUCCAUAAGCUGACAUCCGCUAACACGCUCUGCGCUGGUGAUAGAAACGGCGUCGGUCCAUGUUUAGGAGACUCCGGCGGUGGUCUGUAUAUAUUAGACAAUGGAAGAUGGCGUCUUCGCGGCAUUGUGUCCCUCUCACUUCGCCCAGAAAAUGGCGACAACACCUGCAAUCUGAACGAGUACAUCGUAUUCACUGAUGCGGCGCAGUACAUUAAAUGGAUUAAGAACAUUAUGUUGACGAGUUGAAAAAACGACUACCUGUAGUAAUAAACUUACAGCAAAUUACAAUAGACUGUUAUACAUAUUUUCGAAUAAUAUCACAAUAGAAACAAAAACAACGACACGUUUUGAGAAAAGGUCGCUUGGCUUGAUUUGGGCACUAUGUGCUUUCAGAUACAGCGCACCUUGCGCGCAAAGUGAAACUAUUAGAAUAUGUGUCGCCGUCUGGCAACGCACGCAGUUUUCUACACAGUCUUAAAGCUGUUAAAUAAAAUGAAAGCGUUAUAGAGACUGAUGGUGAUGAUUACAAUCAUUUGCAACGAUACAUUUUUCUGUCUUUACCAUUCCUAUAGCCUUGUAUUAUUCUGAAUUCUACUCGUAUGGCAACAACUUCCGGGAAAGAAACAAUUUGCGAGUCGCAUUUUUCUAAUUUAUUUCGUGCAUUCAUAGACAUAGUUAUGUAGUACUUUGAUGUAGCUUAAAUUAACAAAAUUUUUGAUUAAUAGCUGAUUUAAACACUUACUGUGGAAGUGGAUAUUAUGUACCUCUAGCGAAAUAAAAUUUGUUUGUUGAAAUCACAAACGAUUAAAAAUUGUCAAUUAACUAGCUUCCUAAGUAUUUAUAUAAGUAAGCUAACAUAUAAAGAUCAUUUUUAAGAACUU